UCUCAGCAUUAAAAUCUUCAUGGUUCCGAUCUCAUUGCUCUUCUAUAAAUCCUCUUACCCUCUCUCCAACAUGCCACAGCCAAUCUAGCUUCCCUUUCUCUGACCUAGUAUAAAAAUAAAACUGAGAGUUCCAACUUUGACAAAACCAUGUCUAGAGAAGCUCGAGCAAUAUUUUCACUACUGCUAAUGGCAGCAUGUGCUGCAACUGUGCUGGCCGAUGUGCCACCCUCGCCCUCUCCGACGAUCACAGGCCUAUUGCCACCCGGGGCCCCAAGCUUCUUGCCACCAGGAGCUCCAAGCUUUUUGCCACCGGGGGCUCCAACGAUCCCAGGCCUAUUGCCACCAGGGGUCCCAAGCCUUUUGCCACCAGGGACUCCAAGCUUUUUGCCACCAGGGGUACCAGGCUUCUUGCCACCAGGGAUACCAGGCUUCUUGCCACCAGGGAUCCCAGGCCUAUUUCCACCAGGGAAACAGGGUGACAUAGAAGCAGAGUGUUGGUCUUCACUUGAGGGCAUUCCGGGGUGUGUAUGGGAAAUUUAUGGCUCAAUCUUUACUGGGAUACUCUCACUAGGCCCUGCUUGUUGCAAGGCUUUCCAAUCAAUUGAUGCAAAUUGCUUGGCUAAAUUGCUCCCUCCUUUCUUCCCUCCAUUACCCCAGGGAGACUGUGCUCCAGGGAAUGUUGCUGCUUCUAAAGCAGUUGGGUCAAAGCAGUAG